GACGUGGGACUCGAUCCUGGGUCUCCAGGAUCACACCCUGGGCUGAAGGCAGUGCUAAACCGUUGGGCCACCGGGGCUGCCAGAGACUUAAGUUCUAAACUUGGCACUCACAUCAUCAGCCAGCUGUGUGACCUAGGGCAAGCCACUUAUCUUCCCCAGGCCUUAGUUAUCCCUCUAGAAAAUGAGAAGCCUGGAGCACAUGAUCUUUAAGGUCUCUUCCAACUCAGGUGUAGGAUUAUAGCAUAAUGCCAGGUAUACACAUAGUAGGGGGUUGAAAAAAUGUUUAUUUAGUAACUUAUAAGAUUCAAGGCAAGAUUCUGCAGGUCCGAACACCCAUCUCCUUCCUCACUGUGAGUUUGCCUCUGCUGUUAGCUAAUUUAUGUCAAGUGCCAGCUCAGGGCCUGGCACAUAAUAGGUAUUAAACCAAUGUGAGCUGAAUCUAUAUAUGCAGUACAUUUACGGUAGCCCAGAGAUUGAAGACAGAACUGACCAAACAUCCAGAGCUGUUCCUGGGAUCUCCGGGUGGUCACUCCUUGUUACAAGCUGCCUUCCCUUCUGGGCAUAGUGAAAGUCAUCAAUUUGGGACUUAGAUUGAUUUGGGACUGGCAAACAUCACUACUUUUUUUUAAAUUUUUUUUAUUUAUUUAUGAUAGUCACAGAGAGAGAGAGAGAGGCAGAGACACAGGCGGAGGGAGAAGCAGGCUCCAUGCACCGGGAGCCCGACGUGGGAUUCGAUCCUGGGUCUCCAGGAUCGCGCCCUGGGCCAAAGGCAGGCGCCAAACCGCUGUGCCACCCAGGGAUCCCAACAUCACUACUUCUUAUUCCCUCUGCCUAUAGCACCUGUCAGGGGCUGGGAUUUACCCCCACUUUCAAGCUAACAAGCUAGCCUGCUGUUUUUUCCUAAAUGCUGGCAGAAGACCCGGUUUCCUGAGUCAGAUCCAAAGGAUCUACCAAUCUUGGCACAGCAAGCAGUGUGAGCAUCAUCUUUAUGUCUCUUUCCCUUGUUUCCUAGUUUCACAGGGGCACCACUGAGGGGCCCAGGUGGAUAUUACCCAUGCAGGAGCUUUAUGUCACAGCUACGGUGAGCACUGUGCUUCGAGAACUCACCCCGUCCCCUCCUACCACCACCACUGUUAUAGUUAAGCAACAAGCAAGCCUGCUCUCAGCCUGGGAGAUGUUCCCUCAUCCCACAAAGUUGCUGGCUGCAGAGCACAACAGUAAGAAAUGGUUGGAAAGCAAAUGGGCGACCGUGGCUUUGCAUUUGAGCACACUUGGUGACGAGAGCCAGGGCCGCUCAGGCCCCAUGGUAGACUGCCUUGCCCAACAAUGCCCAGCCCCCAUCUCUGCUUCUCACAAUUCUAGCCACCCUCCAGAGACACUUCAUUCUGAAAGCUUUCCCAGCCCUCUUAUCACACAUACUCUCCCUUUCGGAUUUCCUUGUAUCCAUCUCCCCAUUUCACGUCCACAGCUGUCCCUCCAGUCAGAAGAGUGCUACACUGUGAGGGCAGGAGCCCUGCUUCUUAAUUCCUACCUUCUACACCAGAUUAUUUGCAUCCCACAGGUGCUUAGGCCGUAUUUGUUGCGUGGGAGGAAUCAAGAUUUUCUUGCAUGCUUAUGCUUUUGCAGAGUCUCCUGGGACUGCCCCUCAGAAUGUUUUCAGGAUUCCGGAGGCUAAAAAUAUCUCUCCAAAGCCACCCCAUUGUCUUCCUUGUAAGGAGCUGGACUUAGCUGUGAGGCGGGAGGUUUGUGUCCACCAGGUGGCGCUCCACCCUUAAGUCUCCAGAUGCCUUUUUUAGACGACAGAACUCUCCCAAGUGUUUAUUUGGUUAGAUCCCCUGCUCACAGAGGUGUUUGUGUAGCAUAACCCCGUCUCCAGCCCAGCACCCAGAUUCAGCCUCCAGGUGCCUGCCUAGCUCCAGCCCUUCUCAAGAUUGGCACCCUGAGGUUGUCUCACCAGGGAUGCUGAGAGAAAGGCCCCAGAAUUGGGAUCAGAAGACCUACGUUUGAGUCUCCACACUGACGCUUAGCUAGUUCUGUUUCCCUGGGCAAGUUAUGUAACCUUUCUGGGUCCUUGUAAGAGUAGCUGAGAAUAAGUCAUGGGAAAGUAUAUAUAAGCUCUUUGAAUGUGAACCUGGAGUCAGCCACACCUGGGCUCCUGUUUAAACUGUCAUCCAUCAAUUCUGUGAACAUGGUCACCUUCCUUAACCCUCUGAGGCCUGGUUUCCGUGCCAACAAGUCAGAGUUAACAUUGCCUAGAAUAUAGGGGUGCCUGGCUGGCUCAGUCGUUAGAGCGUGUGACUCUUGAUCUUGAGGUCAGUGAGUUCAAGCCUCACAUUAGGCAUAGAGCUUACUUAAAAAAGAACGAGUGCCUAGAGCAUAGUAAGCAUUCAAUUAAUAAUGAUGACAUGAGUAUUAUGUAUCCCUAAACCCUGAAAUGGUGCCCAGUGCCCAACAGGUGCUUAAUAUCCAUUUGCUGAAUGUAAGGAUUUCACAGAUGAGGAAUCUGAGGCACAGUACGGUUAAGUGCGAGCACGCGCACACACACCAGGUCCCAGCACGAGGGAGUGGCGAAGUGAUGAUGCAUCGCCAGGGAGUCUGCCUCCAUGGUUUGCAACCUAAGUCUCUAGACCAUGCUAUCUUAUGUAGAUAUGGAUGUUAUACAUCACCCUUUAUUCAUUUAAAAUAAGUGUUCAGAGCUUUCUCAGGUCCCUGUAGGUGAGGCUAUUUUGGCUGUGAGAGGCAUUAUUCCCCUGAGAAACCACUUUUUCCCAUGAGGGGUGCCAGGCUGCUGGAAGAGAGACCUGCUCAGCCAGGCCAGCAGGCCAAUGGACACAUCAGAUGACCAGGAGAUGAGGGACUAGUUCUGCAGGUAGGGUCAGCUAGGGGACUGGAGCAUGCAUGAUCCCCGGGUAAGAGGGCCCCCUGUUUCAUCGCUGCUCCCACCGCCACUGGGUCAUCCACCCCACUGACAUUUAUUGGGUCUCCUAUGUGCCAGGCAAAGAUAGAGGUGACAACCAAGAGUUGCAAUGUACCAGACCCAGGAGUAUUGCAGAACUACUGCGUGCUCCAAGAGAGGGCCUAAAGAGCCAGCAUUCAACAGCCUGGGAGGCUGGACCAAAGGGAGAAGCAUUCCAACUAGGCAUUGAAGGAUAAACAGGGGCUUGCCAGCCAACUGAGGUCUGGGAAUGAAGGGCAUUCUGAGCUUAUUUGGGGGAACCUAAGAGGUUUGGUGGGGUUGGCAUGCUGGGUGGGAACAUGGGUAAGGAAAGGAAGUAGAAAACCAGGAAAGUGAAAGUCAGUUGGAGCCAAUUUGUGAAAUAUGCCCAUAGAAGAGAGAGAACUCUAUCCUGUGGUCAGUGGAGAAAGCAACGCAACACCAGGUCUGUGUUUUAGAAAGAUGUCACAGUGCAUGAAGUUUGAAUGGGAUGGGGAGAAAAGAGACACCAGCUUCAUGGUGUUAACCCCUCUAGACUUCAUGUCUCCUCUUCAGUAAAAGGAGGAAAAUAAUUGUAUUUCUGAGGUCGUUUUGAGGCUUAAACGGACGUAAGUGUAAAUGACAGUGUAAAGCAUCAUUAGGUUCCAUUAGAGGCCACGAUGCCUAGUAGUUAAGCACGAAGGCUUUACUGUCUCUUACCCCAGGCCUGGUGUCCUGGCCAUGUUGGGUAGCACAUUUUUAAUCUAGGCAAUUAAGGAUGUUGCAAAAGUGAGGAUGGACGCUUGGCUUUGGGGUAUGUGGGAGGGACAGUGGGGUCUCUGGUAGGUGAUGGUCCCUUGAGAGCCCAGCUCUGGACGGCGGGAUAAACGUGAGGGUGGACACGGGUAGCACCUCCCAGAUGUCCAGGUGGGAAUGGACGUAUGUCAGCUUCAGACCAGCGCUGUCCUCCGCCAGAGCCAGGAAAAGGCCAGGAGGCCCGGGUGGGCCCUAGGGCAGGAGAGAAGAGAAAGCAAGGGGCCCAGCCAGAGGCUGAGAGAAGGCUUCAGAAGACAGCUCUCGGCUCCGAGGCUGGCCGGGAGCCGGAGACAGGCAGGGCGGGCAGGGUGGCCCCAGAUGUGCCAAACUUGGCCGGGGCGGCCGAGCGGAAGGCCCGCGGAGGGCCGGGGGCGAGAGUGCCCUGAGCCGCGCCCCGGGCAGGAAGGAAUCCGAGCUGGGAGUCUGGCGCCGCCGGAGAGGGGGCCGGGGUGGUGAGCGAGGCCCAAAAGGAGAUGGCAGGAAGCCGGGAGGAGCGAGCGGGGGUGGAGACGGGGUGGGAAGGCGGAGGGCGGGUAGGACUGGCGGGGAGACGGGGAGAGAGGAGGGCUGGAGGGAGGAGAGAGCGGAGGAAGGGUGGGGAGAAGGGGAGAGGAAGCGCGAGGAGGGCUCGCAGGGCGGCGCGCAGGCCGCGGCGGGCGCAGUGGGCACGUCGGCCAGGCCACCGCCGCGAGCCGGGCGCCGCCACCCCGCUGCUCGGGCCUCCGCCUCCUCCGCCUCCUCCUCCUCCUCCUCCUCCUCCGCCGCCGCCGCCGCCGCCGCCGCGCCCGGGGGCCAUGCUCCCGCCGCCCCCGCGCCAGCCGCCGCCCCAGGCGCGCGCGGUCCGCGGGGCGGUGCGCCUGCACCGGGCCUUCCUGCGCGGCCCGCUGGGCGUGCUGCGGCUGCUGCAGCUGCUGGCCGGCGCCGCCUUCUGGGUCACCAUCGCCACGAGCAGGUACCAGGGCCCCGUGCACUUCGCGCUCUUCGUGUCCGUGCUCUUCUGGCUGCUGACCCUGGGCCUCUACUUCCUCACGCUGCUGGGCAAGCACGAGCUGGUGCCGGUGUUGGGCUCGCGCUGGCUCGUGGUCAACGCGGCGCACGACCUCCUGGCGGCCGCGCUCUACGGCGCCGCGACGGGCAUCAUGAUCGCCCAGACGCGGAGCCACAGCUACUGCAACCUCAAGGAUUACCAGAUGGCCUGCGCCUACCACGCCUUCCUGGCGGCCGCGGUCUGCGGCGGCCUCUGCCUCGGCCUCUACCUGCUGUCGGCGCUCUACGGCUGCUGCCGCCGCUACCAGGGGGAGCAGGAGGUGGCCUGAGCCGCCGCGCCGCGCCGCGCCGCACCGCGGGGCGGCGACCCCCCCCCCCCCCCGCCGAGGCCGGCGCCCGCGUCCUCCCCGCCGCCCCGCGCCCGAGCGCCCCCCGGCGGCCCUGCGCCCCCGCCCGCAGCUCCCGCCCCGCCGUCGGCAGGGGCCCGCGCACGGCCGCAUCCGCGGAGCGGGCCCCCACGCUCAGCCCGGCGGUUCGAGGCGAAACCUCGCGCGUGCUCACCGCCUUCCGUGCGGAGAGCGAGACGUGGACAGGCGCCGCGUAGAUCCGGGGGAGGCUCCCAACUGCAGCCAGCCUUCGGGCCGCGCCACGGCCCCGCCCUCCCGCCCCGCGGUCGGAAGAGCACCCCGGGCCCCUCCCCGGGCCCCGCUUCCAGCAGCCGCGGGCGGAGCCGACGACCGGCCUCCACCGGUCUCAGGACGAGCCAGGAGUUUCGUUUUAGCUCGGGACUGUGCGGGCGCCCUGCGCACCCGGGCCCGGAGGUUGGGGCGCGGCCCAUCUGCAAAGGUGAGGAUGCAUUGGGAAGGCCCGCGGGCUGCGCCUUGGCACGUUUGGAGUCUUCUCUCGCCUCCGCCUGCUGCGCCUUUGUCCUCGGGGUCCUUGGAGGCCAGGCUCACACGCACACUAGUUUCACGGGCCUCACCCUCCCAGCCUUCUUCUCACGGGUUUCUGCGCCAUCACCCCCACCUCUCAGUAUCUUUUUGCAUCAGGGGUCCCACAGAACCCUGAAGGAAUGUCCAGGUGAGCCUCACCCCUUGCUCUUGGCAAAGCCAAAAUAAGGUUAGAACUCCGUUUCUGGAUUCCCAUUAGAACCCCCCCCCCCCCCCCCGUUUCCAGACUCCCAGUCCAGCACUGUUUACAUUAACGCAGUGGGUGUUCCCAGGAAUCCUGGCUCAGGAGCUACCCUCUAAAAGAGGGUGUCGGUGCCAAGCCAAAUGGGUUUGUCCAGGUGCUAUCUCGCCUUCUUGGAGAUUCACGAUGCUCAUUAGCAUAUCAAAGGCUCUGAGAAGUCCUGCUGUAAAAGAAGCUCAAGUGAUUUGGUUUACAGUGUUAACUGCCUCUGGACCUGGACCAGUUACUCUUUGCCACCUAAGACUUCCGAGCAUCCCUGUGCUGGCUUGGCUCUCAUUCUUUCCUAAGGGAUCCAACCCAUUGGCUGUGGUAUGAUUGAAGAUCUGGGGUGCUCCUCUUUCCUAGGGAAUUUCUCUAGCAGAGGGAGGGCUUGCCUCAGUGGGGGAGAAGAUAGCCAUCCCUGCCAGGCCCCGGAGAGACCUGGGAGUCGGUAGAUCGGAACAUUGCUCUACAUUGUUUGAAAAAUGAAGUCAAGGUUAUCCAAGUGGUUACCUACUCAAGAGGAACAUUAUCUGUAUGAGAUGCUGGCAUUGACUGUGAGCAACUGGCAGGAGUGGGUCUCAUUCGCCAAAGACAGAAGAACACUCCGAGUUGGGGUGAACAGCUGGCCCAGUCUCUGUGAGGUUUCCAGGUACAGAGAUUCCCAGGGCUCGCUUCCCUGGGCAGUGGACCCUGUUCUGGCCUGGGCCAGCAGAGAGGCUGCCGAGUGGGGAGCGCGGAUGACCCCUGCCCAGCAGCUUCCCUUCAACAUUAUCCAGUGGAAGAUCCAAGAUGCGUAAAGAUUCAUUUUACAUUGACACAUGAGAAAUUCUGAGUCUCUCUAUGGUGUGCCUUGGGCCCAAGAUUCCAGACACCUGGAACUGAGCCGUGCACCUCUGUGCUCUGAACAGCGGGCUUUAGCUCCAGCUUUUGUCCCUUUUCUCUCUUUCCAGAUCACCAUUGAAAUUGCAUCCUCAGCUCAGAACCAGCUCAGAACUGAGGAUCACUUCUUAGUCCCCCAGCUCAUGGUACUCUAUGGUCAGGUGACCUUACUCAGGAGUUGACCUCUCCUUGGCCUUCAUGGUACCUUAUCUCUCCAGAUGUGCCUGAAACAUUCCAGAGCUCACCGGCUCUUCUAGAUGUGCCUUCCUGCUUGGCCUUCAGCUGCUUCUCUAGAUGUGAGAAGGGCGUGCAAAACAGCCCCCACACUCAUCCCCUCCUCCCCUGAGACCCUGUUCCAUAGGAAUGGCCACUUGACCUACUGGCCCAGAAUUUUUGGAUACUGGAGGCAGUCUCAUUGGCCUCCCUUGUUAGAAUCCAGGACUCAGUCCUACUUGAGACCAUUGUGGUUCUACCAGUGCAAAAAUCUAGAACUGACUGUGGAUCUAAGAGAGGAUUUUUCUAGUGUUCUACAAAGGCCAAAAGAGAGGGUGAGAGUGGGAGGGGCCAGUAGCCAGAGGGGACCUAUGUGCCUCAUUUAAUAGUUUAGUGGUGAUUACUAAUUUGCUUUUCUGAAUAAAGUUUGAUUUGUCUGA